CUCCCAUCUCAGAGCUGUUGAAGACUCCAUGGAUUAUUUGAUUGACCACAGCCCCAAGAAGUGUUAUCAGCCCAAAUGGUUAGAUUUCAUAGGACAUCUGAUGCUGGCUGAUGCUGAUGCUGGUGUACCACCCAUUUCCGAAUAACAUCUUGAUUUGGAAACACAAAGGUUAUUAAUUUCGUUUUUGUGGUCAAUGGAGUGUACUUUGGUUACCAGUUGAAGGUCGCGGGGAACAUUACGUAAAACUGUCAAUGCGGUGGUGUAGAGGUUGGGUGAGAACUGGACGUGCUGCAUCAUUAUCAAGCAGACCCAUCCCCAGCAACGUCAACCUAAUAAAGAAGGAAAGGCCAGUUUGCAUUUCCUUCAUUUUCGAAGGUCACGGAGAUCAUUUCGUAAAACGUGCCAUGUGACGGCGGAGAGGUUGGGUGAGAACGACACGUGUAACAUCAUUAUCAAGCAGGUACAAAAGCCGCAAGGCUUAAGAGAGGGGUCAGGGUGAGAAAAAGUCCUAUAAAAGGAGAGAGAAGAGACGAUAGAAAUCAGUCGAGUGAGCAUCUCCGACACGGCAACAACUGCAGCGCUUUAUUUGUCACCAACUGCCUUCUUCAUCACAUUAUCAAUUCGUAAUCAUGGUUAACUAUGGAGUCGUGCUGCUGUUUGGUUUCGUGUCGUUGAUGGCUGGGUCGACCACUGGUGUACCGAUGUCUCCUGGGUAUGGCGGGUACCAAAGCACAACCUACGUUGCUCCAGCUUACUACACCGAGGCUCUCAAGUACUACACUACCAAGGCACCGGAGUACUACACGACUACGUAUGUUGCCCCAGCCUAUUACACCGAGGCUUCCAAUUAUUACUCAGCUCCCAGCUACUACACCGAGGCUCCAACUUAUUACACCACCAAAGCGGCUGAAUACUACACCGAGACGACCAAGUACUUCACCACCAAGGCUCCAGAGUAUUACACCACAACUUAUGCUGCCCCGAGCUACUAUACCGAAGCCCCGAAGUAUUACUCUGCCCCGAGCUACAUCACCAAAGAGCCCGAGUACUACACCAAGGCUCCGGAGUACUACACGACUACGUAUGCAGCACCAGGAUACUACGCCGAGGCUCCCAAGUACUACCCCACCAAGUCACCAGAGUACUACCCGACUACGUAUGCCCCAACUUACUACACCGAUGCUCCCAAGUACUACUCUGCACUCAGCUACUACACCGAGGCUCCAGUUUACUACACCACAACCUUCGCUCCAGCUAGCUACUACACCGAAGCCACCAAGUACUACACCGAAAAGGCCGAAUAUUACACAACCACGUACGCUGCCCCAGUUUACUACACCGAGGAACUCAAGUAUUACUCUGCUCCAAGCUACUACCAAACCGAGGCUCCUGUUUACUACACCAAGGUCCCUGAGUAUUUCACUACAACCUACGCUGCCCCCAGCUACUACACUGAAGCUCCUAAUUACUACACUACUAAGGCACCUGAGUAUUACACCGCAACCUACGCUUCUCCAGUGUACUACAAGGAGGCUCCUAAAUACUAGAACCGGAAUUUCUGUUUUAUUUGUUGGUGUUCAGAUUUGUCGGUCAUAUAUUUUAAUAGUUACUAGUCACUGGGAAUUGUUGAUCUUUAAUGGGAAAUAAAUUUUUUAAUGCGGGUAA